GUCCGCGGUGGAGAAAGGGAAAGCGCGCUCGCGAGGGAUGUCGAAGCUGCGCUCCGCCGCUGUGCUGCGCGAGGUCGCCGCCGUCGCCUCAAGGCUCGCCAUCGUCAUCCUCGGCGGGUGCCCUUGUUGCCGCUGGUGGAGUCGAAUCUGCCGCUGGUCUGAGCUAAGAAGAAACGCAUGGAGAGGUGGUGAACGAAGCCAUCGCAGGAACCACCGUCUAGAUAGGGUUCAGGUCUCCAUUAAUGGGGCUAGCCAGAACUGUUUCGAGGUUUUUGCCGUUGAUUCUGAUUUUGUUCUGUUUCGGUUGAAGCCGUUGCUGCCUCUAGUCGCCGGAAAACCACCACUACUCCUUCUGCCCCGCCCCUGUUUCGUUAGGGUUUGCUGCUUUUCAUGAAUAAACUGUUACUCUUCGGUGUUGAUGUUGCUACUG